AUGCCAGACGCCAAGUCUGAUCCAAUUGUUUCCUUAACACUCGACGUGGAGCGAGCGAAAGACAAUUAUAGCGCAUUGGCCCCCGCCUUACUAUGCGAGUCAGCUGCAGAGCACGCUUUGGCCAUGCUGGCCAAUGCUAUACUCGCCGCAUGGGCCCUCAUCACCAAGCGUCCUGUGGCUCACAUACACUGCUACACCUGA